AUGGAUUUCAAUAUUCCAUGCCUUCCCUCAGCACCCACCGCAACUGCUUCUCUUUCCCCGCUUACCACCAAUGACGAUGACGGGAUUCUUCAACUCCUUCAAUCCCUCGAGGAUCACCUUGAUUCCAGCGAAAAGUCUCUUCAGCAGACUAUGCAGGACUACACAAAGGAUCUCCUCCGACUUCGGCACGGCCUGCGGUGGGACGAAUCCCUCAGGGCCCCGUCCUUUCCGCCCCCCUCCACAGCCCUCGCCGCGACCUCGACGGAUGGCUUGGGUGUGGGGUCAGGGGGAUGGAUGGAAGGACAGAGCCCUGCGGAAGCCCCGGUAAUGGCCUUUUCGGCCGCCAGAGCCCGCUCGCGCGCUCGCACCGCCGUUUACCGACGCCAGGCCGCCAUCGCGCGCGUGGAGUACCGAUUGGGGGAGCUGUGGGGGCGGUAUGUGGAGCCGUGGUUUCGCGAAUGUGUCUAUGCGGGGUUUUUCCUCCGCGCGAUUCGGCGCCUACGCGAGCUAACCCGACGGGUGGAGCGGGCCCAUGAACGAUUGAGGGGGCGCUACACCUUUCGCGGCGUGCUCGAACGUGGGGUUUUGAGCGACCGUCCUCCGCAGGAGCCCGGGACCCCCGCCACGUGCGUGGGAAUGGAGGUGGGGGAUGAGGCUGGUGAGGGGAACGCACCUAACGCGAGCGGGCAGCCCACCGAGGAUUUCCCCCCUCCACGGGAUCCGCAGUGGGGGCUUGGGCUUCCCGUUGUGCGGCGCUCCCUUUCGGAGGUUCUGCCGCUUCUUCUUCGGGUGCUGCCGGAGACGGCCGCGGCGCUGGAGGAGGGUGCCGCGCGGCGGUACGUCCUCUUUUUUCAGGUCCUCCUGCCGGCCGCGCUCACCAGGGAUGAGGAGGCCCCCUCCACGGCAGCGGCAGUUCAGUCUCUUCUUGCGUGGCCCCUCCACGCCCUCCGACGUCUCCUGCGAUCUUCGUCUGAAAAUUCAGACGGACUGGGCGACAUAUCCCUCGCCGACGCCGCGGAUGGGGGGCUUUGCCAACUCCUGGCCCUUUCCUUUUUGGUGUGGAAGAGCGCGCAGGCGGGGCAGGGGGCGUUAGACUCCUCGCAUUCAUUAUCCCCCGAGCCGCCGCCGUCCCAAUGCGCUUUACUCGUACUUCUUCGCUACCUUGGCGGGCUCCAUGCGCAUCUUCAGUAUUGCCGUACAAUCGCAUCCUCGUUGUUGGCAUUGAACCAGGAAUGGGCUGGGCUUUCGCUUUCCGUGGAGAGGGAAGGAGACAAUUGCGUUUCCACCACCAACGCCUGCCUCCCGCACGCUGAGGAGUUAUUGGAUAACUCUUCCUGGCAUAUGUGGUGGGGUGCCACUCCGGAGCCUUCAUCUUCAGUUCCACCCUCAUGGGAUGAGCUUUUGCGCAAAGUUAAAGACAUGGCGGUAGUGGCGACGCCAACAACGCCAGAGGAGGAGGAGGGGGAGGAGGAAGAAAUGAAAAGAUUAAAAGAGGCAUUUGAUGUAUGUUGCUUUGCAUGGAUGCAGACACUACAGAGUGCCAAACACAUCAUUGGAUUGAAUAAUGACAGCGAUCAGAGGUGUAUGCACGAUGGUAAGAAGAGUUUUACUACGUGUGACCCCGAGUUGGGUUCGAUGCAGAUGGAGAUUCGUAUGCUGUACGAGUGGGAACGUACUAUACAGAGAGCUUUCCAAAAUGCCGAAAUGAUGUGGCAAGAUAUCACACAUCAAAGCUGA